AGCCAAUUACUUAAAAACUUUUUUAAAACAUUGUCUCUACUCUUGUGUAGUAAAUACUUGAAUCAUAAAAAGUAGCUUUUAAAUUUUCGAUAAAAGAUGAUGAUGAUGAUGAAAAUGAAGCAUCUGAAGCUGGAAAAAAUAAAAAUAAAAAACGCUCCGCUGAGGACAAAGGAGUUAAAGGUUCUAAGGUUAAAAAAAUAAAAGUUGAAUCUAAGGAUGACAGUGAAGAUGAUACAGACCAAGAAAAUAAUGAAGAUGCUGAUGAUGAUCAAGAUGACACGAAUAAAAAUCAAGAUAAACAUGAUAGUUCUCUUAAGAAAUCUAUUACAAAAUCGAAUAAAAUUAAUAAGAAAAAGAUGACUCUUGAGAAAACCGAUGAUGGUAAAGAUAAUAAUAAUGAUCGCGAUGACAUUGAAGAUAAGAGACGUAAAGACGCAAAUAAAGUUAAGCGUAAACGUAUAGUUGAUCCGUUCUUCAUAUCGGACGAUAAUGAUCCAGUGUAUUUAGAUAUUCCUGUUGAAAAUAAUGAAGAUAAAAAAGGACAAGCAGGUGACAGGGGAAAAAUGGGUAGGAAUGAACGCAAUGAUUUUGGAAAGGAAAGAAGAAAUAAUCGUAAUGAUUUUGGUAGAGAAAGAAGAAAUGAUAAAUUUAAUAAUAAUAGUGGAAAUAAAUUUAAUAGGGAUAAUAAAUUUGGUAAGGACAGUAAAUUUGGCAGGGACAGAAACAAAUUCAAUAAUGAUAAAAGUAAGUUUGGUGAUAAUAAAUUUAAUAAAGGAAAGAUUAAUGAAUCGAGGUACGGUAAUAAAUCAAACGAUUUUAAGAAAGAAAGAAAUAGUUUUAAAGAAGAUAAAAAUGAAAAUAUCGCAGAGUUGCAUCCGUCAUGGGCAGCCAGGAAAAAACAACAGGAUGCUCUGAAACAAGGGUUCCAAGGAAAGAAAAUAGUAUUUAAUGAUGAUGAUUAA